CUCAGACUUCGCUUCUUGCCUGGAGGAAUACUACGGCAGUCGUGUUAAGUAGUAAGGAACUCUAUAAUAGACCAUAAAACAAUCGAAGUUGAACAAUUUAAGGAAGGAAAUCGCAUAGAUUUACCCUAAACCCGCGAUGGCAGAGUCGGUGAAGGUGGCCGUUCGCGUUCGGCCUUUCAACUCGAGAGAGAAAGAUCGAGGGGCAAAAGUUAUACUCGACAUGAUAGGAGCACUGACACAAAUUACAGAUCCCGAUAAUCCAGGAAACCCGCCAAAGGAGUUCACGUUUGACUUCUCGUACUGGUCUCACGAUGGUUUUCACGAGGACGAAAACGGCUAUCUUGUCGCAGAUAAUGAGAAGUACGCGACACAGCGAAAAGUUUUCGAUGACUUAGGACAGGGUGUCUUAAAUAACGCUUUUGCAGGUUUCAACUGCUCACUGUUUGCCUAUGGACAGACAGGUGCUGGAAAGUCAUAUUCCAUGGUGGGAUAUGGAAACAAUAAAGGUAUUGUGCCCAUUACAUGUGAUGAGUUGUUUCAAGCAAUGGCUAAGGGAGCUGAAGGAGUUAAAUACCAAGUUUCAUUUAGCAUGUUAGAGAUUUACAAUGAACAAGUGCGAGAUCUUCUGGUCAAGAACAAUCCUAAGGGUGGUUUGCAGGUUCGUCAAAACCCUAAAGAAGGAAACUUCUUUGUUCAAAAUCUUAAGAGAGUGGCUGUUGUGGAUUAUGCAGAUAUUGAACGCAGAAUUGAAGAAGGUACUGCUAAUCGCACAGUAGCAGCUACACAGAUGAAUGCCACAAGUUCCCGUGCUCACACAGUGGUAACCAUCAUAUUUGAUCAGAUCAGCAAGAAUGAGUCAGGACAAGAGACAAAGAAGAGUAGUAACAUAAACUUGGUUGAUUUGGCAGGUAGUGAAAGAGCUGAUAGCACUGGUGCAACUGGUGACAGACUCAAAGAAGGAGCCAACAUCAACAAAUCCCUUUCAGCCCUGGGUAAUGUGAUCUCAGCCUUGGCUGACUUGUCCAUGGGUAAAAAGAAAGUGUUGGUGCCAUAUCGAGACUCUGUUCUGACCAAACUGCUUCAGAAUGCUUUGGGUGGCAACAGCAAAACCAUCAUGAUUGCUGCUUUGUCUCCAGCUGAUAUCAACUAUGAUGAAACACUGAGUACUUUGAGAUAUGCAGAUCGCGCCAAAAAGAUCAAGAACAAAGCAGUGGUUAAUGAAAAUCCAAUGGACAAGCUCAUCCGGGAAUUGAGGGAAGAAAAUGAAAAGCUUAAGAAGAUGUUUGAAGGUGGAGGACUGCCUGAUCUUGGUGCUGGAGCUGCAGUGAUGACUGAAGCUGAGAAAGAGGAAAUGAGGCGGAAGAUGAAAGAAGAACUCCUUGCACAGAUGGAAUUUAACCAACAGAACAUGAUGAGCUGGGAUGAAAAGGUCCAGAUGUCUCAAAGUGAUUCAUCAGCAGGAGAACAAAGUGAAAAACAGAAGAAGACAAAGAGUGUGCCACAUUUGAUUAACUUAAAUGAGGACCCCAUGUUGUCUAGAGUCAUCUUUCAUUUUCUGGAACAGGCGGAAACUAGAAUAGGAAGGAAAGAUGCUGAUCCUGUACCAAAUGUCCCUCUUUCUGGCCUGAGUAUUUUGAAACAACAUGCCUUGGUAAAGUCUGUGAAUGGGGAAAUCACCAUUGAGCCUGCAUCACCAGGGGCAAAGACAAAAGUAAAUGGAAUGCCACUCACUGGAGAGCGUGUUCUCAAACAUCAUGACAGAAUCUUGUUUGGUUCGAACCAUAUGUAUUUCCUGGUAAACCCAACCAACCCUGAGAAAAGUGAGGGAACUCCAGACAACGUGGACUGGGAGUUUGCUCAGAAAGAGAUUGCUCAGGCUAAGGGUUUUGCCACUGGGUUUGGAAGUGGACUUUCCAAAGAUCAACAGCGAGCUCAGGAACAAGUGCUAGAAGCGCUUCCCUUGGUCAGUGAGGUGAACGCCAUGAGUGAAGAACUCAACAAGCACAAGACAUUUGAAGUUAUCCUGAUAUCAGGUGCAGCUCAGGGAGGUGAUUCAGAAACAAAAGUCAUGGUGAGAAUGAGGAACUUACUUAAUGGUAAUGUGUGGCUAUGGGAUCGUGGAAAGUUCAUGAACAGGCGGUUCGUGAUGCAGGAACACUAUCAACGAUCUAUUGAUGGGGAAGAUAUGAGUAAAAUCCCGAAAGAGGAAGAUCCUUUCUGGGAACCCCCUGAAGAUGUGCGGAUUGGAACGGCAAGCGUGUUCCUACAGAGUCUCAGCUAUGAGUUGGACUUCGACGAUAAGCUCUCUAUCACAGAUUACAAGGGCGAAGAAGUGGCGACCACUGUCAUCAACGUUUCUCCUUGUGAUCCUAAUGGCAAACCUUUAAAGGAAGACGUUUUUGUUGAAGAUCCCUCUGAGCUUCUUGGAAAACCAUAUCACUUCAAGGUCUCCAUUCGUAAUGUUAGCGUGCACGACAGCAGAUUUAACAAGGGGCUUUACCUCAGGUACAAACCGUUUAAAGAAACAGAAUAUACCGUGACUAAAACAGUGAGAGACACGCUAUCACCCGAGUUUGAUGAAAAGGAUUCGAAAGUGUUCAGUUUUGACUCGGUGAAACAAGACCUGUUGGACUGGUUUGACACAGGCUGCAUCACCUUUGAACUCUUUGGUCGCCAGGAGGACAGUGAUCCUGAUUCCACUCGAACGAGAAUGACAACAAAGGAAUUGCGCCAAAUGGAAAUGCAAAUGGCGAGGCCAGGUAUGGGAGGUCGUUCCACCACCAUGAUUGGAAAUGACAUCGCUCCCGCUCAGCUGAAAGCAGAGCAUAUUCUGCUCAAGAGGAAAAACCAACUACUUCUCAAGAAGGAAAAGCGCAUUCAGGAUCUGUGUACCGAAUGGGCCAAUAAACCGAAGGAAGAACAGACAUUUGAAGGUUUUCAUCGCGCGGUGUCCGCGGCAGCUGCUCACCAGUACGGCCGCACUAAGUACAAAGUCAACACGCUGAUGGUGAUGCUUAAAAAUCAAAACGGUGCUACGGCAAACGGUGGAGUCAUCAAACAAGACCCCAAGGUCACUGAAGGAAGUCGCGCCUAACGAUUCGUUUGCACGUUUUACUGAACCCCAUGAAUGAAAGGCGGAACGUUUCUCCUUACAUUUGCUUCUCUAUUUUAACUAGACAAGUGUUGAUAAUAGAUAGUUAGCAACUUUGGAAUAUAUUGUACAAGGUGCCACAAGACACUCCGGGGAAAAAUAUUGUUUAGCGUUGUGAUAGGAGAAUUUGAAGGUAGAUCAUUUGUGAGACUGUGAAGGUUAUGCGAUGUCGUUCUUGGGUAGCGUAAAAACCAUUAGUGUUGAUUAGCAAAAAAAAUAUUUAAUACAUUGAUCAACUAAACACUAAGGUAUUUGAAAGUGGAGAAAAUAUAUUUUUAUAAAAUUUGGUUGAUCCAAGAAAGGGAAGCAAGUUUUCUUUUCUCGCCAGGGCUUCUUUCUUCAUUUUUUGUCUUGUGAAUUAUUGAUUUGAUGUCAACAAGAACCGUUAGAUUCGUAGUUGGUAAUAUUUAUUGCACCUUUUGUACAGAUGUGAUGUUUUUUUUGUAGUCUCAAUCUUUUUUAAUAAAAUGAACACCUGUCAAUUAUUGUUGACAGAGUGGAGAGGAAA